AUGUGGCACAGAGAGUUCAAGAGAAUGCAAGCAAGAUUGUAUCAUAGCAUGAAGGACGUGUAUCAUGAAAUCAUACUGUACCUACAUACUGAUAGAUCUUAUAACCUAAAGAUGGUUUUCACUUGAACCUUCCUCACUUAUUCAAUGAAAUUCUGACUCGAUGAGUUCAAAGAAUUCCAGAGAGCAAGCCAAUUAAAGGCCCUCGUGAUACUUGCUAAUGAAGAUGGACUGCCAAAAGGAGCUGAUAUGAUAGAACAAUAUCAUGAUCCUACUUUGGGAGACGAAUACCAACAAUUCAUCAGUGAUUACCAAUCUGCAUAUGCGAGAAAGUAAUUUUCAAUACCAUAA